AUGAUCGCCCUCAACUCCCGCCUCCGAAACAUCCUCCCCGCCGUCUUCCUCUUCGCCCUCGUCCUCGUCCUCGUCCGCUUCCGCGAGAGCAUCACCACCACCGACUCCCUCUUCAGAUCCUCCGGCGACGGCAGCAAAUCCUCAAAACCCGCCGAGACGCCGCGCUACAAGCCCGCGCCGACGUACACCCCGCCGCCCGUAAUCGACCCCUUCCCGCUCCUCGCCAACACCGCCUCCCCACCACCGCCAGUCCCCGCGCACAACCGGCCCCGGAAGGAUGUCCAUAAGGCAUACGGCCUCGAGGCCAUGCCGCCGCUCUUCAUAGGCUUCACCCGCCAGUGGCCUAUCCUCCUCCAAUGCGUCGCGAGCUACAUCGCCGCCGGGUGGCCGCCCUCCUCGAUCCACGUCCUCGAGAACACAGGCGUGCAGAUCGCCAACGCAAGAAACAAGCUCUCGCUGCAGAACCCCUUCUACCUCAACCACACGACCCUCUCCCGGCUGGGGGUGAACGUCGUCCAGGCGCCCGCGCUGCUCUCCUUCUCGCAGAUGCAAAACAUGUUCCUCCACACCGCGCACGCGAACAACUGGCCGUACUACUUCUACUCCCACCAGGACGUCGUCGUCUUCUCCCCCGAGGACGGGCGCGACGACACCCACCGCCCCGGCGACCGCCCCUGGGAGUUCUACUCGGACGCCGAGCGCGAGGAGGUGAUGAACCCGCCUGCCGCGGGCGAGAAGGGGUACCGCACCAUCUACGAGAACUGCCUGCGCGAUCUCAACACGACGCUAGAACGCAAAGAGAAGUGGGCGUUCCGGUGGUACCAGUACGACCACCUCACGCUCGUCAACCGCGCGGCGAUGGACGCCAUCGGCGGGUGGGACUCGCUGAUCCCGUACUACGCGACCGACUGCGACAUGAACGCGCGGCUGACGAUGGACGGGUGGACGAUGAAGCACCGCCGCGUGGGCCUCGUCAACGACGUGUCGACGCACCUGCGCGAUCUGGGCGUGCUGUUCCGCGUGGCCGGGGCGAAGGCGGAGUGGGUGGACCCGAACCCGCCGAACCCCGCGGACGUGAAGAAGGAAGAAGAGGCAAAGGCCAAGAAGACCGCUGAAGAAAAGAAAAAGGCCGAGGAAGAAAAGAAGAAGAAGGAAGACGAGAAGAAGGCAGAGGAGCAGAUGAAAGCCGCCUCCCGCGACAACGCGGCCUCCAAACCGGCCGCCGACGACCUGGAAGCGGAGGCUGGCGCGCGGGAGUACUUCCGCUCCCUCGUGGCCGUCGUGCUGGAGAUGACGAACUACAAGUACCGGGGCGGCAACGACCACAACCGCAACUCGUGGCAGAAGAGCCAGCGCGGCGGCGAGGGCGAGCCGUACUACUACAACGCGGAAGGCUUCGCGGAGGCGUUCGAGGUGCUCGUCGGCGCGGGGCGCAAGAUCUUCGAGAUGAAGUGGGGACGCGGCGGGUGUGACAUCGCGGAAGGGUAUGGGUUGAAGGUUGCGGAUCAGUGGAGGGUGCUGCCGAAGGAGGGCAAGUGA